AUGGGAAAUGCAGCUGUCUGCUCGUCUUGCCAUGCAGAUAAGAGUGUGAGGGCACAAGGAAACAGGCAGGAAUUGGAUAAAGCUCCAGACUACUAUGGCUAUAGCAGUGAAGACGUCAAAGAGCCUGGAGUGCGGUCUGACAGCAAUGCAAGCUUCCUACGUGCUGCCAGAGCCGGCAACUUGGACAAAGUAGUGGAAUAUUUGAAGGGGGGCAUAGACAUCAACACCUGCAAUCAGAAUGGACUCAAUGCUCUCCAUCUGGCUGCCAAAGAAGGCCAUGUGGGGCUGGUUCAGGAGUUGCUGGGAAGAGGCUCUGCUGUGGAUUCUGCCACUAAGAAGGGAAACACUGCCCUUCACAUCGCAUCUUUGGCUGGACAAGCGGAAGUCGUGAAGGUUCUUGUUAAGGAAGGAGCCAAUAUCAAUGCCCAGUCGCAGAAUGGCUUUACUCCUUUAUAUAUGGCUGCCCAAGAGAACCACAUUGAUGUUGUAAAGUAUUUGCUGGAAAAUGGAGCUAAUCAGAGUACUGCUACAGAGGAUGGCUUUACUCCUCUCGCUGUGGCACUCCAGCAAGGACAUAACCAGGCGGUGGCCAUUCUAUUGGAGAAUGACACCAAGGGGAAAGUCAGGCUGCCAGCCCUGCAUAUUGCAGCGAGGAAAGAUGACACCAAAUCUGCCGCACUCCUGCUUCAGAACGAUCACAAUGCUGACGUGCAAUCCAAGAUGAUGGUGAAUAGGACAACCGAGAGUGGUUUUACCCCUUUGCACAUAGCUGCACACUACGGCAAUGUCAAUGUGGCGACUCUGCUUCUAAACCGAGGAGCAGCUGUGGACUUCACUGCCAGGAAUGGAAUCACUCCUCUGCAUGUGGCUUCCAAGAGGGGAAACACAAACAUGGUGAAGCUCCUGUUGGACCGAGGUGGUCAGAUUGAUGCCAAAACUAGGGAUGGGUUGACACCACUUCACUGUGCUGCACGGAGUGGGCAUGACCAAGUGGUGGAACUUCUGUUGGAACGGGGUGCUCCCUUGCUGGCAAGGACAAAGAAUGGACUGUCUCCACUUCAUAUGGCUGCACAAGGAGACCACGUGGAGUGUGUGAAGCACUUAUUGCAACACAAGGCACCAGUGGAUGACGUCACCCUAGACUACCUGACAGCCCUCCAUGUUGCUGCACAUUGUGGCCACUACCGUGUAACCAAACUCCUUCUGGACAAGAGAGCCAAUCCUAACGCCAGAGCCCUGAAUGGUUUUACUCCACUGCACAUUGCCUGCAAGAAAAACCGCAUCAAAGUCAUGGAACUGCUGGUGAAAUAUGGGGCUUCAAUCCAAGCUAUAACAGAGUCUGGCCUCACACCAAUACAUGUGGCUGCCUUCAUGGGCCACUUGAACAUUGUCCUCCUUCUGCUGCAGAACGGAGCCUCUCCAGAUGUCACUAACAUUCGUGGGGAGACAGCACUGCACAUGGCAGCCCGGGCAGGCCAGGUGGAAGUGGUCCGAUGCUUACUGAGAAAUGGUGCCCUUGUUGAUGCCAGAGCCAGGGAGGAACAGACACCUUUGCAUAUUGCCUCCCGCCUGGGUAAGACAGAAAUUGUCCAGUUGCUUCUACAACAUAUGGCUCAUCCUGAUGCAGCCACUACAAAUGGAUAUACACCACUGCACAUCUCUGCCAGGGAAGGCCAAGUUGAUGUGGCAUCAGUCCUCUUGGAAGCAGGAGCAGCUCACUCCUUGGCUACCAAGAAAGGCUUUACUCCGCUGCAUGUAGCAGCCAAGUAUGGAAGCCUGGAUGUGGCAAAACUUCUCUUGCAACGCCGUGCCGCCGCAGACUCUGCAGGAAAGAAUGGCCUUACCCCACUCCAUGUUGCUGCUCAUUAUGACAACCAGAAGGUGGCGCUGCUGUUACUGGAGAAGGGUGCUUCCCCUCAUGCCACUGCCAAGAAUGGCUAUACUCCUUUACAUAUUGCUGCCAAGAAGAAUCAAAUGCAAAUAGCGUCCACACUCCUGAAUUAUGGAGCAGAGACUAACAUUGUGACAAAGCAAGGAGUCACUCCACUCCACCUGGCCUCGCAGGAGGGGCACACAGAUAUGGUCUCCUUGCUUCUGAAUAAGGGAGCCAAUAUUCAUAUGUCAACCAAGAGUGGACUCACCUCCUUACACCUCGCAGCCCAAGAAGAUAAAGUGAAUGUUGCUGAAAUUCUCACCAAGCAAGGGGCUGACAAGGAUGCUCAUACAAAGCUUGGUUACACUCCUUUAAUUGUGGCCUGUCACUACGGAAAUGUGAAAAUGGUCAACUUUCUUCUGAAGCAAGGAGCAAAUGUUAAUGCAAAAACAAAGAACGGCUACACGCCUCUGCACCAGGCCGCCCAGCAGGGCCACACGCACAUCAUCAACGUGCUGCUCCAGCAUGGGGCCAAACCGAACGCCACCACUGCGAAUGGUAACACCGCCUUGGCCAUUGCGAAGCGGCUGGGCUACAUCUCUGUGGUCGACACCCUGAAGGUUGUGACCGAGGAGAUCACCACCACCACCACGACUAUCACAGAAAAACACAAGCUGAAUGUUCCUGAGACGAUGACUGAGGUUCUUGAUGUGUCUGAUGAAGAGGCUUUAAAACAGUUUGGUGACAACUUUAUCGAUGGGGAAGCACUUAGUGACUCAGGUGAUGACACAAUGACAGGCGACGGGGGAGAGUACCUCAGGCCUGAGGACUUGAAGGAGCUGGGUGAUGACUCGCUGCCCAGCAGUCAGUUCCUGGACGGCAUGAACUACCUGCGGUACAGUCUGGAGGGAGGACGGUCUGACAGCCUUCGGUCCUUCAGUUCCGACAGGUCUCACACUCUGAGCCAUGCCUCCUACCUGAGGGACAGUGCCAUGAUUGAUGACACAGUUGUGAUUCCAAGUCACCAGGUGUCAACUCUAGCCAAGGAGGCAGAAAGGAAUUCUUAUCGUCUAAGCUGGGGCACUGAGAACCUAGACAACGUGGCUCUUUCUUCCAGCCCUAUUCAUUCAGGCCGCACCUCUCCAUGUCUUGAUCGUGACAACAGCAGUUUCCUGGUUAGUUUUAUGGUGGAUGCCCGAGGUGGUGCUAUGCGAGGAUGUAGACACAAUGGGCUCCGAAUCAUUAUCCCUCCUCGGAAAUGUACCGCUCCAACCCGUGUCACCUGUCGACUGGUCAAGCGCCAUAGACUGGCAACAAUGCCCCCGAUGGUGGAAGGAGAAGGCCUGGCCAGUCGCCUGAUCGAAGUCGGACCUUCUGGUGCUCAGUUCCUUGGUAAACUUCACCUGCCAACGGCUCCUCCCCCACUUAAUGAGGGAGAAAGUUUGGUCAGCCGCAUCCUUCAGCUGGGGCCUCCUGGAACCAAAUUCCUUGGGCCUGUGAUCGUGGAGAUCCCUCACUUUGCGGCCCUUCGAGGAAAGGAAAGGGAGCUGGUGGUCCUGCGCAGUGAGAAUGGUGACAGCUGGAAAGAGCAUUUCUGUGACUACACCGAAGACGAGCUCAACGAGAUCCUUAACGGCAUGGACGAAGUGCUGGAUAGCCCUGAAGACCUGGAAAAGAAGCGAAUCUGCCGCAUUAUCACCCGUGACUUCCCACAGUACUUUGCCGUGGUCUCCCGCAUCAAACAGGACAGCAAUCUGAUUGGUCCAGAAGGAGGCGUGCUGAGCAGCACGGUGGUGCCCCAGGUGCAGGCCGUCUUCCCAGAGGGGGCUCUAACCAAACGGAUCCGUGUGGGCCUGCAGGCUCAACCUAUGCACUCUGAACUGGUUAAAAAGAUACUAGGUAACAAAGCUACCUUCAGCCCUAUCGUCACUUUGGAACCCAGAAGAAGAAAAUUCCACAAGCCAAUUACAAUGACCAUUCCUGUCCCCAAAGCUUCAAGUGAUGUCAUGCUGAAUGGUUUUGGGGGAGACGCACCAACCUUAAGAUUACUAUGCAGCAUAACAGGUGGAACCACCCCUGCUCAGUGGGAAGAUAUUACAGGAACUACGCCAUUAACAUUUGUCAAUGAAUGUGUUUCCUUUACAACUAAUGUGUCUGCCAGGUUCUGGCUCAUAGACUGUCGUCAGAUCCAAGAAUCUGUUGCCUUUGCUUCACAAGUGUAUAGAGAAAUUAUCUGUGUACCUUAUAUGGCCAAAUUUGUAGUGUUUGCCAAAUCGCAUGACCCCAUUGAAGCCAGGUUGAGAUGCUUCUGCAUGACUGAUGAUAAAGUGGACAAGACCCUGGAACAACAAGAAAACUUUGCUGAGGUGGCCAGAAGCAGGGAUGUGGAGGUAUUAGAAGGAAAACCCAUAUAUGUGGAUUGUUUUGGCAACCUGGUGCCAUUAACCAAGAGUGGCCAACAUCAUAUAUUCAGUUUUUUUGCUUUCAAAGAAAACAGACUUCCUCUCUUUGUCAAGGUACGUGAUACAACUCAGGAGCCUUGUGGACGACUAUCAUUUAUGAAGGAGCCCAAAUCCACAAGAGGCCUGGUGCAUCAAGCUAUUUGCAACCUAAACAUCACCCUGCCAGUUUAUACAAAGGAAUCAGAGUCAGAUCAAGAACCAGAGGAAGAGAUCGAUAUGACAUCAGAAAAAAAUGAUGAGACAGAAUCUACAGAAACAUCUGUCCUGAAAAGUCACCUGGUUAAUGAAGUUCCUGUCCUAGCAAGUCCGGACUUGCUCUCGGAAGUUUCUGAGAUGAAACAAGAUUUGAUCAAAAUGACUGCCAUCUUGACCACAGAUGUGUCUGAUAAGGCAGGUUCUAUUAAAGUGAAGGAGCUGGCGAAAGCUGCCGAGGAAGAGCCAGGAGAGCCUUUUGAGAUUGUGGAAAGAGUGAAAGAGGACUUAGAGAAGGUGAAUGCGAUCCUGAGAAGCGGAACCUGCACAAGGGACGAAGGCCACGUGCAGGGCUCUCAGUCUGAGAGAGAGUUAGUGGAGGAGGAUUGGGUUAUUGUCAGUGCUGAGGAAAUACAAGAGGCUAAGCAAAAAGCACCUGUAGAGAUCACUGAAUACCCGUGUGUAGAAGUUAGAUUAGAGAAGAAACCCAAAGUCAGAACUGAGAAAGACCCGACUGGGCUAGUGAACUACCUAACAGAGGAUCUCAAUUCCUAUGAGUCUUCACAUGAGGAGACCCCUCAGACACAGACCACUCAGGACACUUCCGGGGAGCAAAAGGAGGCUCCCUGUAGUGCCAGGGCCUCCGCAAGUGGAGGGAAGGAUGUGCCCUCUGAAGAGACACAAGCCACAUCGAAGCAGCACAAGCCGAGCUUGGGCAUCAAAAAGCCUGUGAGACGGAAAUUAAAAGAGAAGGAGAAGCAGAAGCAGAAAGAAGAGGGUUUGCCAGACAAAGCUACAGACAAAACUGAACUGAAAAAAGGCAGCUCAGAGGAGUCAUUAGACGAAGACCCAGGUCUGGCCCCUGAGCCUCUUCCUACUGAGAAGGCCACAUCUCCGUUGAUUGAAGAAACUCCCAUUGGUUCCAUAAAGGACAAAGUAAAGGCCCUUCAGAAGCGCGUGGAAGAUGAGCAGAAAGGUCGGAGCAAGUUGCCCAUCAGGGUUAAAGGCAAGGAGGAUGUGCCAAAAAAGACCACCCCCAGGACACACCCCACUGUGUCACCUUCCCUCAAAUCAGAGAGGCACCCCCCGACAUCCCCUUCCUCCAAAACAGAGAGACACUCUUCUCUUUCUUCCUCUGCAAAACCAGAUCGGCACCCUCCACUGUCGCCAUCAAAUAAAACUGAGAAACACUCACCUGUGUCCCCAUCCCCCAAGACGGAAAGACACUCGCCAGUGUCAUCAUCAGGUAAAGCCGAGAAGCACUCACCUGUAUCACCCUCAACCAAGACAGAAAGGCACUCCCCUGUGUCAUCUGCAAAACCAGAAAGACACACACCUGUGUCCCCUGCAGGCAAAGCAGACAAACGUCCACCUGUCUUGUCCUCUGGGAGGACAGAGAAACAUCCACCUGUGUCACCUGGAAAAACAGAAAAACGUCUACCCGUCCUGCCCUCGGGAAGAACAGAAAAGCAUCCAACGACCGGGAAAACUGAGAAGCACCUGCCCGUCUCACCUGGGAAAACAGAGAAGCAACCACCUGUAUCUCCCACCUCUAAAACAGAAAGAAUCGAAGAAACCAUGUCUGUCCGGGAGCUGAUGAAGGCCUUCCAGUCUGGUCAGGACCCAUCAAAACAUAAAACUGGACUCUUUGAGCACAAAGUGGCCAAACAGAAGCAACCACAAGAGAAAGGGAAAAACCGGGUCGAAAAAGAAAAGGGGCAUACAACAAACACACGAGAAUUGCAGAAAACGGAGAGCCAGACAAUCAAACGUGGCCAGAGAUUUCUGGUAACAGGAACUUCGGAACCCAAAAAGGGAAUCCGGGCCUCCAGCAUUGGAUUCAAGAAAGAAGAUGCAGUGGGAGAAAAGGAGAAAGUGCUUGGGCCCAAAACAGCUGAAGUUGUCCAGUCAACACCAGAAGAAGAAAGCCACAGAGACAGCGACAUCCCCAAAGAAAAGAUGGCAGAUGAACAGGGAGACAUGGAUCUCCAGAUCAGCCCAGACAGGAAAACAUCCACCGACUUCUCUGAUGUCAUUAAGCAAGAGCUGGAAAACAAUGACAAAUACCAAGAAUUCCGCCUAAGUGCAGAAACCACUGAAAAGGCCCAGCUGCACUUAGACCAAGUUCUCACCAGUCCUUUUAACACUACAUUUCCAUUGGAUUACAUGAAAGAUGAAUUCCUCCCUGCUCUUUCUUUACAGAGCAGUGCUUUGCCUGGCAGUUCUGAAAGCUUGAAACAUGAAGGAACUAUGGGCUCUCCUUGUGGCAGCCUCAUGGAGGGUACCCCACAGAUCAGUUCAGAAGAAAGCUUUAAGCAUGAGGGCCUAGCAGAGACCCCCGAGACCAGCCCAGAAAGUCUUUCUUUCUCACCAAAGAGAAGUGAGGAGCAGAUUGGGGAACCAAAGGAAACCACCCAGUUAGAAACACCAAUAGAAAUUCAUUCAGAAAAAGAACAUCCCACCACCAAAGAUGUGAUGGUUGAUCCUGAAGGACCAAAUUCCAUAGUUGCUGAGAGCUCAGAGCCCUCUUCCGAAUAUUUGCGGGAGACGGCUGCCCCAGACCCUUCUGCAGAUACAUGUCCCAAACCAGAAAGUGAUUACCCUGGAAGUUCUAGUUUGACAACAGCCAGUCAAAUACCCAAGUCAUCCCAUGAUGCAAGUCAACUUACAUGUGGGGAUUCAGCCCACCACAAGACACAAACUGACAUUGAGACUCGGGAGUCCUCAACACCUUGCAAUGAGAGGAAGGCCCCACCUGAUGCUUCUGCAAGGGCAGACACAGAAACUGAAUCAAAGCCCCCAGGAGUCAUCAGAAGUCCCCAAGGGUUAGAACUUCCACUUCCCAGCCGUGAUAGUGAAGUGCUCAGUCCCAUGGCUGACGAAUCAUUAGUAGUAAGCCACAAAGACUCUCUUGAAGCCAGCCCUGUGCUAGAGGAUAACUCAUCACACAAAACUCCAGAUUCUCUAGAACCAAGUCCUUUGAAAGAAUCUCCGUGCCGUGACUCUCUGGAAAGCAGCCCUGUUGAACCAAAGAUGAAGGCUGGGAUCCUCCCAAGUCACUUUCCUCUGCCUGCAGCUGUGGCCAAAACAGAACUCUUAUCAGAGGUGGCUUCCAUGAGGUCCCGGUUGCUCCGAGACCCUGACGGCAGUGCUGAGGACGACAGCCUUGAGCAGACAUCGCUCAUGGAGAGCUCUGGGAAGAGUCCUCUCUCACCUGACACUCCCAGCUCUGAGGAAGUGAGCUAUGAGGUCACACCCAAAACCACAGACACAAGUACACCCAAACCAGCUGUGAUUCAUGAAUGUUCAGAGGAGGAUGACUCUGAAAAUGGUGAGAAAAAGAGGUUCACGCCUGAAGAGGAGAUGUUUAAAAUGGUAACCAAAAUUAAAAUGUUUGAUGAACUUGAACAGGAAGCAAAGCAGAAGAGGGACUGCAGAAAAGAAACCAAGCAAGAAGAAUCUCCUUCAACCUCAGACCCAGAUGCUGAGUGUUCAGCAGAUGGAAAUGAACCAAAACACGUAGAUAAUGUGGAUGGCAAAAGUGAUGUCCCUUUGUUAGUGACUUCAGAGAGCAGAAAGAUUUCUUCCUCCUCAGAAAGUGAGCCUGAAUUGACACAGCUUGAGAAAGGUGCUGACUCAGGGCUUUUACAGGAACCAGUUAUUCGAGUGCAACCUCCUUCCCCACUUCCAUCCAGCAUAGACUCCAACUCAAGUCCAGAAGAAAUACAGUUCCAGCCUAUUGCUGCCAAACAAUAUACUUUCAAGAUGAAUGAUGAUACUCAGGAAGAAUCACAUACAUCAGAAAAAGAAAAGGAUUGUGAAACCCAUUUAGCCAAAGACAAUCAUAAGAUUUCCACCAUUGACACAGAUAGGCCUGAUGAUGAUCUUAACAGAGUUGCUGAUCAGCCAAAAAUCUGUGAUGGCCAUGGAUGUGAGGCUGUGAGUCCUAGCAACUCAGGCACGCCUGCCUCUUCAGCUCUCCAGAGUAUAACUAGUGCGGAUGUUGAGGAACAGCUGGCCCUCCAGAAGGAAGCAUUAGCUCUCUCUGACACUGACAAGAAAGACACAGGAGGAGAACUGGAAGCAUCUGUGGUGGACUCUCCACAGGCAGACUGCCCUAGGGAAAGCUCUCCAUCUUUGUCCUCUUUGCCUCAAUGUCUAGGAUCUGAAGGAAAAGACUGUGGUGUAGACCUAUCAUCCACAUCUUCCACUAUGAAAGAGGAGGUCAUAAAAACAGAUCAGGCUUUUGAGAGCCUAUCAAAAGACUGUUCCACUCUAGACUCAUCUAUGACAAUGCAAACAGAGGGAUAUUCUGUGAAUAGUCCCACAUCUGACCUGGCUGACACUAAUGAAACCUACGAUCCUCAAGUCAUAAGCCCUUAUGAAAAUGUUCCCCCCCAGUCUUUUUUCCCCAAUGAUGAAAGCAAACUGCAAAUGCAUGCAAGCCAUACUACAAGCUCUCACUCCUCUGAAGUAUAUUCUGUUACCAUCACAUCCUCUAUUAAUGAGGUCACAGUGGAAAGCACCUGUAGUAGAACUGUUUCUGGCCAAGAAUCUAAUAAUGAGAGCCAGAAGACAGAGAUGGAAUCCAAGCAAGACAGCACCAGGUGGGAAAUGCAAUCAGAGACAACUUUAUCAUCUUCAGAGCCUUCUGUGCUAAAUACAGCAGUCAUCAGUGGUGAAAAAAUAAGCCAAGUCAUUAUCACAAAAACGGAUGUGGAUUCUGAUUCCUGGAGUGAAAUUCGAGAAGAUGAUGAAGCCUUUGAGGCACGAGUGAAAGAGGAAGAACAAAAGAUAUUUGGUUUGAUGGUAGACAGACAGUCACAGGGUACCACCCCUGACACCACUCCUGCAAGGACUCCAACUGAAGAAGGGACCCCAACAAGUGAACAAAAUCCAUUUCUAUUUCAGGAAGGAAAAUUGUUUGAGAUGACUCGAAGUGGUGCCAUUGAUAUGACCAAACGCUCCUAUGCAGAUGAAAGUUUCCACUUUUUCCAAAUCGGCCAAGAAUCCGGGGAAGAGGUGCUCUCUGAAGACGUGAAAGUAGUGGCUGCUGCAGUUGGGCCCUCACAAGUAGAGAGAACAGCUGAGUCACCAGCACUUUCAGAAUCAAAAGAAAUGGGGGAUGAUGAAGCAGACUUAGUUCCAGAUGAUCUGAGUGAGGAAUCAGAGGACAUACCUGCCUCAGAUAGUCAACUCAGCUCCCAAGUGGGCAUUUCAGCUUCCACGGAAAUGUCCAGAGAAGAGGAUAUUUCUACAGGGACCAAGGACCUCCCUACCAUGCAAAUGGAGAAUGUACCUCCUGUGUCAUCUUGCCCUGAUGCCCCUGAACCAGGUACUCAGGUUCAGUUAGAUUUCUCCACUGUUACCAGGUCCAUAUAUUCAGGCCGAGAUGAUGAUUCUCCCGAUUCUUCCCCAGAGGAACAGAAAUCAGUGAUUGAAAUUCCUACUGCAUCAAUGGAGAAUGUGCCUUCUGCUGAAAGCAAAUCCAAAAUUCCUGUCAGGACUAUCCCAGCCCUGCCCUCUGCACAGAAUGAGAGUUCACUCUCUGAAGAGUUUCUCUCCAGUCUGGAUAAAGAAAAUAAGGAGGAUGAAAUAAAACCAAAGUCCAAAAUCCCCAUCAAAGCAUCUGUCCAAAGAGUGGAGCAGCAGCUCUCACAAGCAGACUUGACUCUGCAGAAGAUAGCAGCUUCUCAGGGACAGGACACAGAUGAUGGAAGCAAAUCUGAAUUUGAUGACAGCCCUUUGGACUCUAACAUCAGAUGCCCAGUAAAACACAUAGGUGACACUGAAACAGAGGUAGAGACCAGAGAGGGGGCAGAGGAGCUUGAGUCAGAAGAAGGGGACACGACACCAAAGAUAUUUUCAUCCCGAUUGCCAGUUAAGAAUAGAAGUAGCGCAUCCUCAGGCAGUGGGGGCUUGAGCCCCACUAAAGAAAGUAGGGAGCAUUUCUUUGACCUGUACAGAAACUCCAUCGAGUUCUUUGAGGAGAUUAGUGAUGAGGCUUCCAAGUUAGUGGAUAGACUUACACAGUCAGAAAGGGAGCAGGAAGUAGUUUCAGAUGAUGAAAGUAGUAGCGCCCUGGAAGUUUCAGUAAUUGAAAAUCUGCCACCUGUUGAGACCGAGAACUCAGUUCCUGAGGACAUCUUUGACACAAGGCCCAUUUGGGAUGAGUCCAUUGAGACUCUGAUUGAACGCAUCCCUGAUGAAAAUGGCCAUGACCAUGCUGAAGAUCCACAGGAUGAGCAGGAACGGAUCGAGGAAAGGCUGGCUUAUAUUGCUGAUCACCUUGGCUUCAGCUGGACAGAAUUAGCAAGAGAGUUGGAUUUCACUGAAGAACAAAUUCAUCAAAUUCGAAUUGAGAACCCCAACUCCCUUCAAGACCAGAGUCAUGCACUUCUUAAGUACUGGCUAGAAAGGGAUGGGAAGCAUGCCACAGACACCAUCCUCAUUGAAUGUCUUACUAAGAUCAACCGAAUGGAUAUUGUUCAUCUCAUGGAGACCAGCACAGAACAUCUACAGGAGCGCAUCACUCAUAGCUAUGCAGAAAUUGAACAGACCAUUACGCUGGAUCAUAGUGAAGGGUUCUCAGUCCUCCAGGAGGAACUCUGUACAGCACAGAACAAGCAGAAGGAAGAGCAAGCUGGGACUAAAGAGAGCGAGUCCUGUGACCAGCCUCCUAUCGUCUCAGAGGAAGACAUCUCUGUCGGCUAUUCAACUCUUCAGGAUUGCAUCCCCAGAACGGAGGGGGACACAGCACUCUCCCCUCAAACUCAAAAGGAGCAACUUCACCAGGAUUUCUCGGGAAAAACGCAAGAUCUGCCUGAGGAGUCAUCUCUUGAAUAUCAGCAGGAAUACUUUGUGACCACCCCGGGAACAGAAGUGUCUGAGUCUCAACCAGCUGUAGCCAUCCUUAGCUCUCCCGGGAAGACUCCAGAGGAGAUGGGUACCCCAGCAGAGGAUGACAGACCAUACCUUCAGACGCCAACGCCCAGUGAGCAGGGAGGCUCACCCAUUGUACAAGAACCCGAAGAACCACCACAGCCCAGCGGGAAGAGCUCUCCACGCAAGAACAGCCUGGUGAUCCUGGAGUCAACUGAUGAGCAGCCACAGAGAACAGGGACACUUGAUGCAGAUGCCUCCUUUCAAAAGGAGCUAACAGAGGAAUUAGGGGAGCUGGAGGUCAGCUCAGACGAGGAGGCGACAAUAACCACCAGGGUUGUCCGUCGGCGAGUGAUUAUUCAGGGAGAUGACAUGCCUGACCUCCCCCCAGAAUCCGUCACCGAAGAAGAAUACAUUGAUGAGCAUGGACACACUGUGGUGAAGAAGGUGACUAGGAAAAUCAUCCGGCGGUAUGUGACCUCUGAUGGCACAGAGAAAGAAGAAAUCACAGUGCAGGGGGUGCCACAGGAGCCUGUCCACAUCACCGAGGAGGACGCCUACUCCAAAGUUAUAAAGCGGGUCGUUCUGAAGAGUGAUAUCCAACAGUCAGAGGUCACUUUGUCUGAACCCAGCAUUUUGUCCAGUACCUCCCAAUUUGAGGUUGAACCAGUGGAAGGCCGUAGAGUCAGCAAAGUUGUUAAAACAACUAUGGUGCAUGGAGAGAGGAUGGAGAAACAUCUUGGGGAUUCUAAUUUAGCCACUGAUCUUCCUUCAGCCAAAGAUGACUUUGAAGAGGCUUUGAGUUAUGCAGGUAGCACCAUGAAAGUCCACUUUCCCAGUUUAGUAGAGAACGAAAUCCUGAAAGAGGAUGGAUCAGUCAUUAAAAGGACAACGCUGAGUAAAGCCAGAACACAGAAGAGGGCUGUGGUGAAGGACCAGCAUGGAAAACACAUUGAUUUGGAGCACCUGGAGGAUGUGCCAGAAGCACUAGCCCAGGAUGACCUCCAGCAUGAUCUCCAGCAACUUCUCCGGCACUUCUGCAAGGAGGACUUAAAGCAAGAGGCCAAAUGAGGAGCUAACCAAUUCUCCCAUGUGUUCACUCAAUAUGCAAUUUCCCGUUUCUGCACGGGAGUGAUGUAACUGACCCAACCUACUGGGAUAUCCUGGCAUUUCCACUGUUAGCAAAUAUACUGCAUUCUAUUUUCAUUUCGUCCCUACCCCAACCCCAUCCUCUUUACUGAUAAGCUAAUUUGUGACCAAAGAUAGCAUCCUUCAUUUUGGAUGCUGUAUCCACUACUUUGUUAUAUCUGUACUAACCUGGGGAUCGGCCACCUCCAAUAUUCUUUGCUUCUGCACAAGCUCCGUGAAAACCCAUUGAUCGGAAGAACUUCACCUGCAGACCUCUUCAAGUGACAAUUUAUAGGAACCCUGCAGAGGGAUCUCCAUGUACAAUGUAUAUAGCUGAAAUGCUCAGAUGAACAACAUAUUAAAGUUAAAACCACUGCCUAUCAUAACUACAUCGGACAUCAUGGAAUAAAAGGCCCCUAGAAAUUGAUGAACAAUGAUUAAUAAGAUAUUGCUAACACAAUCGAAUGAUAAUGCUGUCCUACUACGCAAGAAGCACUUCAGACCCGUUGUGACCUUAGAACUUCCAGAGUAACCAUUGCUCCCGGUUAAAGAUGGGUUAAUAGCCUUGAAGAACCGUCUUCAUGGAGAAGUUUGUGCUGGUGCUGGCCAGACAUGAUGUGUGAUUCUCCAACAGCCACUCACAGGGAGGGGAGGAAGGGAGCACAAGGCAGAGUGAAGCAAUGAUGUAUCGGGGAGCUGGCAACUACAUCCUGUGGCUUCCUAGCAUCUUCAGGUCUCUUAAAUCUUGGACACAUUGGCAGGGUAUUUUACAAGCUAUAACUACUGUAGUUUUCCAGUUUCCAUUGCUGCUUUAGCAAACCAUGCUGUCUUACGGGUGGCACUCUCUUCUGGCCACUGCACUGUAGAUAAUUCAUUGGAAACAAGACUUGCCCACUACUCAAAAGGUCAAAGCCCUUCACCAUGUUGGAGUGGUUUCUUUUUUCUUUUUUCCAGGUUUAUAUCUUCUCUACUACCUGCAUGUGGCAUUCAAAAAUCAAAACCAUGGUCCAAACACUCAUCUAAUCACGUUCAUAGUUUUCAUUCUUUUUACCCUGAGUGAACACUUCACUGUCCAGCUAGAUCUGUUUUUCAGCUUGUAGAUGAGAUUGAGAAAUCUUUGAGAAUUUGGUUUUUGUUAAAAUUUGGGGUUUAUUUUUUUUUUAAACCUACACUCCCUUGGAAAUUCUGAAGUGCAUUCAUGCACUUUUGUGUUUGUUGGUUUCUUUUAAGAAAGGGACUAUAACAAUCCUAGUGACCCCAAUGUCCUAGUCCAUAUUCUUCUAGUGGUUGAGGCUGUGUAGCAUUUUAACAUAUAUAUAUAUACACACACAUAUAUAUUCACAAAUAUAUUCAGAAACGGCAUACAUUUUCAAUCAGUUAUCUGUUAAAGAAAGUAUAUUCAAUGAAGAUGAAACUUUAAAAAAGAAAAAAAGAAUCUACCUUCCAGGAAUUGAACAUUUUCCAAUUCUUUCUGGUCUUUUCCUGUUGUGCAAAAAUGACUCAUUGCUCCAAAUGUCAAAAACAAAUGUGGCAAACAAUGGCACUUCAUCAUUUAAAAUAACAUUGCCAAGAGAGAAAAUUUCCUAGGAGGGAGAUUUCCCAUAAACCAAAUCUCCUAAGUCUCAAAUGCUAGCGCUUUUUGGCAGUUGGGUAGGAAAUAAAGCAUUCUUUGGCAGCCAAAAUGAAAGAGGCCCAGGGUGAAACUUUUUCAGACACACCAGGGCCUUCUUGUCAAACUUUCACUGGAGCUCAAGAAAAGCAUUUCUGUUGUGCUGUUUGCAGUGCAGAUGAUGUCUGUGUAACAACAUAAUGGUUAUUCACCUUUUUCGACUUUGAUUUCUUUUUGCUGUGUUAUCAAAAAACUUGAAUACUGUGAGAAGAAGUGAAUUUUUUAGUUGACGAAUCAGCAUCUUGUUCCCAUGGUGAUAACACUAAUUGAAUAUAUCUAUGAGGGCAUGUAUUAGUUAAUGGAAAAACUACAACACUAACAAUACAUAGCUGCAACGUGUACAAUGGCUGAUUUAAUUCAAUAAAAUGUA